AUGGGCGAGUACUCGAAAGCACUUUCAUCGUACGAACGAUCACUUGAAAUCCGAAAAAUAGCUCUCCCUCCGAAUCAUCCCGACUUGGCUGCUUCCCACAACAACAUCGGUAAUGUGUAUACUAACAUGGGCGAGUACUCGAAAGCACUUUCAUCGUAUGAACGAGCGCUUGAAAUCCAAAAAAUAGCUCUCCCUCCGAAUCAUCCCUUCUUGGCUGGUUCCUACAACAACAUCGGUAUGGUGUAUGAUAACAUGGGCGAGUACUCGAAAGCACUUUCAUCGUACGAACGAUCACUUGAGAUCAAAAAAAUAGCUCUCCCUCCGAAUCAUCCCGACCUCGCUCAAUCCUACAACAACAUCGGUUUGGUGUAUAAUAACAUGGGCGAGUACUCGAAAGCACUUUCAUAUUACGAAAAGGACCUGGAGAUCAGUCUGAAAGCUCUCCCUCCGAAUCAUCCCGACUUGGCUACUUCCUACAACAACAUCGGUAUGGUGUAUGAUAACAUGGGCGAGUACUCGAAAGCACUUAAAUACUACGAAAAAGCACUACAAAUCAAAAAAAUUGCUCUUUCCUCAGGGCAUCCAAGUACUGCAUGCACAGAAAGAAACAUUGAAAUUGUAAAAAAGAAAAUGAAUCUCUCAUGUCCUAUUCAGUCAAUAUGUUAUCCUAUGAUUAUGGCACGUUUUCUAAUGAUAAAUGUAAUUGAUCAAUUAUUUGAGCAUUAUAAUCAAAAUCAUAGUAAAAUUUUAAUGAUUGGUUAUCUUAAAUUAAAUAUCAAAAAAUUUCAAUCAUCAUCAAGAAAAAGUCAACGAUCAAUAACAAGAACUAGAAAUAUUGGUACAAAUGAACAACAUCUUUCAAUCAAGAAUGAUAAAGAUUCAUCAAUAAUAUCAAACACAAAUAAAGAUACAAAAGUUAAUUUUGAACGAUUACUUUCAACAACAUUAUUUUCUAUAAAAUCAGUACAUUUUCUUACUCAUAUAAUCCAUCAACUGGAAAUGAUUGAAGAAACUAUGACAGAUUAUGAUACAUCAUCACAUUUUAUUUAUAGUAUUGCUAAAUUCCUUGUUAUGUUAUCACAUGAUACACUUCAUUCAAAACAAGUUAUUUAA